GGCAACAAAGGGGCCGUUGGUCUUCGUCUGACAGUCUACAACUCCUCAAUGUGUUUUGUAAAUUGUCACCUCGCGGCUGGAAUUGCCAAUAAGGAGCGGCGCAUCCAGGACUACUCGGAAAUCAUGCGGAAAAUGGCAUUCGAACGGCGCACCAGCACCGGCGAGACUCAAUAUCUGCGGAUUCCGGAACACGAGUAA